CUGACAGGCCUUACGACCAAUCAGACGGCGCCAUGAAAGAGGGCGGUUGGCUCUGCUUUGGUUGAAUCAGAAGAGGGGGCGAAGCUUAUCUGACAGGCGUUCCCGGCUACCCGAGUAGCUGUAAACUGGCACCCGAGCUGUAAACAUGUGUGGAAUCUUUGCCUAUCUCAACUACCAUGUGCCAAGGACUCGCCGUGAGAUCCUUGAGAUUCUCAUCAAAGGUCUGCAGCGUCUGGAGUACAGAGGCUACGACUCAGCCGGUGUAGGAAUUGAUGGUGGCAAUGGCAAGGACUGGGAGUCAAAUGCCAAGUCUAUCCAACUGAUAAAACAGCGUGGAAAAGUGAAGGCUCUUGAUGAGGAGAUCCACAAACAGCAGGAUAUUGACCUGGAUGUGGAGUUUGAUGUUCAUCUGGGCAUUGCUCACACUCGCUGGGCCACCCACGGCGAACCGAGCCCGGUUAACAGCCAUCCACAACGAUCUGACAAGACAAAUGAGUUCAUUGUCAUUCACAAUGGAAUUAUCACCAACUACAAGGACCUGAGGAAAUUCUUGGAGAGCAAAGGCUACGAGUUUGAGUCAGAGACUGACACAGAAACCAUCGCCAAGCUGGUGAAGUACAUGUAUGACAACCGAGAGAGUGACGACAUCAGUUUCACUACACUGGUGGAACGUGUCAUUCAGCAGUUGGAGGGAGCUUUUGCCCUGGUCUUCAAGAGUGUCCACUACCCUGGAGAAGCAGUUGGCACAAGGAGAGGAGGUCCUCUGCUGAUGGGAGUGAGGAGUGAUCACAAGCUGUCCACAGAUCAUAUUCCUGUGCUUUACCGCUCAUCCGGAAAAGACAAGAAGAGCUGUGGUGCCAUACCCAGGCCAGCUCAGGACACCUGUCUGUUCCCCGUAGACGAGAAAGCUGUGGAGUAUUACUUUGCUUCUGAUGCAAGUGCAGUGAUUGAGCACACAAACCGUGUGAUCUUCCUGGAGGAUGACGAUGUGGCUGCCGUGGUGGAGGGCCGGCUGUCCAUCCACAGGAUAAAGCGCAGGGCCGGAGACUAUCCAGCCCGCGCCAUUCAGACCUUGCAGAUGGAGCUACAGGAGAUCAUGAAGGGAAACUUCAGCUCCUUCAUGCAGAAGGAGAUCUUUGAGCAGCCAGAGUCUGUGGUUAACACCAUGAGGGGGAGAAUCAACUUCGACAACAACACAGUGAUCCUGGGUGGACUGAAGGACCACAUCAAAGAGAUCCAGAGGUGUCGGCGACUUAUCCUUAUUGCCUGUGGCACCAGCUACCAUGCCGGGGUGGCGACCCGCCAGGUCCUGGAGGAGCUGACCGAGUUGCCUGUCAUGGUGGAGUUGUCCAGUGACUUCCUGGACAGGAACACUCCUGUCUUCCGAGACGACGUCUGCUUCUUUAUCAGCCAGUCAGGGGAGACUGCUGACAGCCUCAUGGCCCUGCGCUACUGUAAGGAGAGAGGAGCUCUGACUGUGGGCAUCACCAACACAGUGGGCAGCUCCAUCUCCAGGGAGACAGACUGCGGAGUCCACAUUAACGCUGGGCCUGAGAUUGGAGUCGCCAGCACCAAGGCCUACACCAGCCAGUUUGUGGCCCUGAUCAUGUUUGCUCUCCUGAUGUGCGAUGACAGGAUUUCCAUGCAGCCCAGGCGUCGUGAAAUAAUCCAGGGCUUGAGGGUGCUUCCAGAUCUGAUUAAGGAGGUCCUGAGUUUGGAUGAUGAGAUCCAGAAGUUGGCGACAGAGCUGUACCAGCAGAAGAGCGUGCUGAUCAUGGGCAGAGGCUACCAUUAUGCCACCUGCCUGGAAGGAGCAUUGAAAAUCAAGGAAAUCACAUACAUGCAUUCAGAGGGCAUCCUGGCCGGAGAGCUGAAACACGGCCCACUGGCCCUGGUGGAUAAACUCAUGCCGGUCAUCAUGAUCAUCAUGAGAGAUCACACCUACACCAAAUGUCAGAACGCCCUGCAGCAAGUUGUAGCCCGCCAGGGUCGCCCCAUUGUUAUCUGCGACAAAGACGAUUACGAGACCAUCAAGAACUCUAGCCGCACCAUCAAAGUGCCUCACUGCGUGGACUGCCUGCAGGGCGUCCUGAGUGUCAUCCCUCUGCAGCUGCUAUCCUUCCACCUGGCUGUCCUCCGAGGUUACGACGUGGACUGUCCAAGAAACCUGGCCAAGUCCGUGACAGUAGAGUGAAGUGCACCAUCAUCACCUGGCAGACACACGUUCAAACAGAACGCAGAAACCAAGAGGAGACAAUGUCCCGUUUGCGUGUGUUUUUGGCUCUUUUUAAUGCAAUCUUUUACUCAAAAGUCGUGUAUCUCACUGUUGCAUAUUAUCUGUAUCUUGCUGUUUGUUUUAUUAGAAACCUUUGGCAUCAUUGUCAUAUUCUUACUGUUAGAGAAAGUGUUUUGUACAUGGUGACACGGUCUGGGCUGGCACUGACAUGAUCUUCAUUACUCUUUGUGAAGCCGUAGCUGCUGACAGCGACCGUUUGGGUUCAUUCACAUUCGUGCUCAAAACUUGUCCUUCAUGUGUUUUUCUGCUGAUUAGUCUCACUGGGAGCGUCUUUCUGCUGACGUUAGAGAUGUUGACUGACAGAAGUUAGGAUUUAAGGACCUUACUGGCUUUUUUUUUUUUUUUUUUUUGAUUUGUAGUUUAGAUGGGAUAUUUUUCUUUGGCAGCUAAUCAUCUGAAGUGUCUUCACUCCGCAGUUGAAGUAAACGACAGUCUUAAAUCAUUCCAAUUCUUAAGGUCAUCGCUUCAUAAUUGCAGUGCACUUUGCCAGUUUUGACUCUCUUGGAGUUUCUUCUGACGACGCUUAACUUUCAACAGGAACAGCAUCAAACGUUACAUCGCAGGAAAGCUUGUGAAUACACUACUUUGUAAAAUCGUAUUGGGUAGGUUAUUAAAGCUUGUUAUUGUGUAUAAGUCUAGUGUUUCAGAUUUCAAACUCUGGUUUUGGUCGACUCGGUUAACAAGAAAACGCCUUGUUUUCUGAGCCAGCUACACCAGCGUGACUUUUUGUUUAGUUCUUACGUUGUUGCCUCACCGUGCAAAAGAGAGACCUUAUUACUGAUUUCAGGUCUCCAGUUUGCAUUGAAACCAGAAGCUGAAGCAGUUCAAGUGAGAUUAAGUUACUGACCUGAAGUAGCCCCCAGUAGCGAGCCCACGCCCUGUCACCAUGACUGCUGCAAUAUUGGGACCAUUUGAAGCAAAAUUUCUCUUUUUGUUAUAUUUGUUGCAUUUUCUUAAAAAAAUAAGUAAUUUUAUAUUAAUCUUGGAUUUGAAAUGUGAAUGUUACUGUCAUAUGACAUGUCCUGUCAAAUCAAAAAUGGCUUUGGCAGUUGUAAACCAAACAUAUAUAUUUUAUAUAUUCACCCUGUAUUGUUUUUCCUUGUCAAAUGUGUACUGAUGCUGGUAGAUUGUGUGAUGUGAAGAUGCUUAAAGAGGCCUAAAGGGGCCAUAUACAGAUUGUAGAUGUUUAUAUAGCAGGUCAGAUGCCAACUGUAUGCAUGUGUGAUCCCAAAUGUCUGUUCCCAGAAGCCAAGGAAAGAGUGAUGCUGUACACACACAGUUGUGUAGUGAAGAAACAGGAGCUGCUUGUUUUCUUUUUUAGUUUCUCACCUGUUAGAUUUAAAGAUUUUUAUCUUUUGCAAGCAGGCCUUAACUCAAUUGUUUUUGUGUGUCUGUGUGUGUUAAUUUUCUCAGACAUUGAACGUCUCCUGAGCUGGUGAAUGGGCCUUGAAAAGUGGACAAUGUUGUUACAGGUGCUUUUGUAACCCACAUACAUUAGCAGGUUUUGAUUUCUUGACUCUAAGCUUUGACAAAGGAAGCUGCCCUGAAUCUGAGCAACAUCUGUCAGAGGCUGUUGGAUUACUGAUAUGUGGAAGGCGCUAUUUAUUAGUGAAACUGAUGCAAUAAAGUGUGACGUAGUUACCUUUA